CGAAAUUUAAUGGCGGCUUCAGCUUUGUAAAGUGAUAAUUUUGUCGCUUUUCAGGGACAUAUUUGGGAAAUGGCUUCAAGGCAUAGCACAACAAAGGGCUCUGAGACAUCUUCAGGGACGAUAAAAUCCUACUUCAAGACCAGCAAAAAUGUACGAAGUCGAAUACCCGUGCAUGCUCCAUCAAAGAAAAACCAGUCUGAAGGGACGAAGAAGACCAGGGUUCGUCCUGUACCAGACUUUUCCAAGUUACAUCAGCAGUGGCAGGAAAAACUGGAAUGUGGGAAGGCAGUCACCAAAAAGCCAUGCACAGUUUCUCAGGAAUUUGACUUAACCAGGCCAGGGACGAGUUUCACGCAUGCAGUUCAGCGGGAACUGAGCUUCUCCUGUGAAUCUCCAGCGACAUCAGGGGCAGGUAACCCACAGACUUCUCUCUGCGACAUCAGGCUGGUGGAUGAGGACGUGCAAUGUGAAAGCCACAAUCGCUUUGAACCUGCCAAAGGGGUAAAAAGGCGCGUGUUGGGAGACUUGACAUCCGGAGAACUGAACUCCCUCAAUAAGUCUCCACGGACUAGCAGUAAACAGAAGUCAAAGUUCACCGCUAGCCUUGUACUACAGCUGACAGGUGAACAGCACGAAACAGGUGAGAAUUUUGUCAGAGAUGAUAGAGCCUUAGAGAGUAUACUGUCUGAGCAGGGUGUUCAGCCUGGAGUUGUCUCCCCUGGUGGUCUUGCCCACUACCCUACCCGCUUAACAGAACAACCCUCACAGGCUCCACGAUUGUCUCUCUUUGGGCAGAAAGCGUCGCGUUUCUCCAUGAGAGAACUACAUGCAGGGAGUCCAGGUUUAUUUGGAGUGGAACCAGUGCGUGUCCGAAAUUCCAUUUACAUGACUUACAAACCUCGGCCAAGACUUCAAGAGACAACGCCCAGGAGAGAAACCCCCAGGCCAAAGCUGCAGGCAAGUAACCCCACCAUAGAGUUCAUGUCUUAUGAGAAGUUAGAUCUGAUAGCUGCUCUCAUUCUGACUUGUUGCUUAGUAGAUGUUUUGUCACCGCUUUAG